AGUAGAGAGAGGAAAUAUGUAUAAUUGGGCGCGCAACUCUCUUUUGGUAUUUUUGUUGUUUUUUUUAUUCAAAAAUCUUUUUUGUUGUUUUUAUUUUUCGUUGAUUCUGGGAUUUUUUAAUGGAGAUUAUUUUUUUAUUUUUUAAUUUUUGGAAUUUUUUUCUGAAUUUUUAAAAAAUUUUUCCUAAGUAAAAAUUAUUAAUUUUAUUAGCAACCCUUUUUACAAUUUUCUGUUCAAAUUUUUCAAUUUUUCAAUUUUUUUUAAAAUUCUGCCCUCAUUUAAAUAAAUAAUAUAUGUACCUAUUUAUGUAUACAAUUAGCGGCAUUUUUCCCUUUCAUUUUCUUUUGUUUUCUUUUUUUUUCUUUUUUUUUUUAAUUUUAUCCGCCGCUUCUACCUCUUUCUCUCUUCCUUUUCCUUUUUUUGUUCAAUUUUCCCUAAAAAUAAUUUUGCCCUUUUCCUUCUCCUUUUAAUCUUAUACCGACGCGCCCCGCAAUUUUCAAAUUGUUGCUU